AAAAUAUCUAACUAAAAAUUGUGAAACAAAUUUUUGGAAAAUGGAUAAUUUUGAUGAAAAGCUAGUUGAGUUCAAUCGCGACGAGUCCAUGUCAGACGGGUUACAGAAAUCUUCUUCCAACCCAGACGAGGUUGCUUCUGGCUCUGCCGAAAACAAGGAAGAAAAGAAAAUGACUUUCCCCAUGAUUCGCAGCCACUCGGAUGAGUCUUAUCCAUCAAAGCGCAUUGCACGUGAGAGCAAUGAUAAGGAAUCCACCCCAUUUGCCUUUGAAACUGCUGGGUCCUCCUCAUCUAAUGGUGGUCAGAAGAAGGAAAACCAUGACGAAGAGAUGGGUGAAAACGGGGAUCUGAAUAUAGAGAAUGUAGAGCUCCCCAUGAUUCGCAGCCACUCGGAUAGGUCUUAUCCAUUAAAGCGCAUUGCACGUGAGAGCAAUGAUAAGGAAUCCUCACCAUUUGCCUUUGAAACUCCUGGGUCCUCCUCAUCUAAUGGUGGUCAGAACUUAUUCUGCCAAGACUCUCCAAUAGAGUUAUUUACUGAAAAUAAUUAUGAGAAUUUUGGGUUUGGAGAGCUAGAAGGAAUAGCCAAAGAGGAACAAUCUGUUGGAUCUCCUCCAAUAAAUUCCGCUCAGGAGGAAGACGGACAAGAGGUCUCUGGUGAGGAGACUGUAAACGGACAGGACUUGAACUUAAAUGGUAGUGAUAAUUCUGACAAUACUGACGAAGAUCAGGAUGAUCAGGAUGAUCAGGAAGAUGAGGAGGAUCAGGAAGAUGAGGAAGAUCAGGAAGAGGAUCAAGCCGAUGAGGAAGAAUCUGUUGGAUCUCCAACGCAUUCCGAUCAUGAGGAGGACGGACAAGAGUUCUUUGGGGACUCCAAUGACUAUAAGGAGACUGUAAACGGAAACGUCUGGGACUUAAAUGAUGGUGAUAAUUUGACCGACAAUGUAAACGAAGAUCAGGAAGAUCAGGAAGGUCAAGAAAAUCAGGACGAUCAGAACGAUCAGGAUGAUGAGGAUGAUGAGGGAGAUGUGGAAGAUGAGGAAGAUGUGGAAGAUGAGGAAGAUGAGGAAGAUGAGGAAAAUGAGGAAGAUGAAGAAGAUGAAGAAGAUGAGGAAGAUCAGGAAGAUCAGGUCAGGAAGAUCAGGAAGAUCAGGAAGAUCAGGAAGAUCAGGAAGAUGAGGAAGAUCAGGAAGAUCAGGAAGAUCAAGAAAAUCAGGACAAUCAGAACAAUCAGAACGAUCAGAACGAUCAGGAAGAUCAGGAAGAUCAAGAAAAUCAGGACCAUCAGGACGAUCAGGAAGAGAGCCAAGGCAAGUCCCUCCCAAAAUUCUUGCAAACAGCUAAAAACACUUUCCUCUGUAUAA